AUGCUCAUUAUCGAGAAAAUCCAAGACACCUGGGCUGCAAUAUGCAACCACUACAGACCAGGAGACAUCGAGAUCGCAGGAGUCAUUCUUUCUCAAGUUGUGGGCUUCAUCAUUCCGGCAACCAUAUACCUCCUCAUCGACAUCAUCUUCCCGAGUUUCUCACGCAAGCACAAACUCCAACAGCGCCAACCCACAUGGGCACAGAUUCGGCACUGCAUCAAAAUAUCCUUGAUGAACCAGAUAUGGAUUGCAGCAGCCCAUAUCCUCGGCGUAUACCUCCAAGGCCUCGACCAUAGCUUCCUUAUCAUGGACCCGAAGCUACCAUCCUUCACGAUGCUCGCAAGCGACUUCAUUUUUGGCAUGGCUGCCCGCGAGAUUUUGUUUUACUACAUCCACCGAGCCCUUCAUCAUCCGAGCAUCUACGUUUAUAUUCAUAAAAUGCACCACAAGUACACAGCGCCAAUUAGCUUCGCGGCGGAAUAUGCUCAUCCGGUUGAACAUGUGCUUGCGAACGUUCUCCCGAUUGUGGCUCCCUUGACCAUUAAGGGCACGCAUUUCUUGUCUCUGAUGGCAUUUACAGUGUUUGAACUCUGGGAAGCGGCGGCUGAUCACAGUGGUUAUGACUUUCUUAAGUUGCCACCUGCUUCAAUUCAUGAUUUGCAUCAUGAGAAGUUUCGGGUUAAUUAUAGUACGCUGGGUAUUAUGGAUUGGAUCCAUGGGACGGAUGUGGUGGGUUGGGACAGGCCCAAGAGGAAAGAGAUUCAGUUUGCGCCUGGGAAGGAAAGGAAAGAUAAAUGA